AUGUCCACCCUCCCCUUGAAGGCCAUUUCGAGAGUCUGGGGCCGGUUCAAUGAGCUCACCAUCCCCUAUUACCUCCGUGUCCCCGGCUUCAAGCUCUACGGCUGGAUCUUUGGUGUCAAUUUCGAUGAGAUAGCUGAACCGGACCUCCACGUCUACCCAAACCUGUCUGCUUUCUUCUACCGUGAGAUAAAGCCUGGCAUCCGGCCCCUUGACCCAAACCCCAAUGCAGUCCUCUCACCCGCCGACGCCAGAGUCCUCCAAUUCGGUACAAUUGAGAACGGCGAAGUCGAACAAGUCAAGGGAAUGACAUAUUCUGUCGACGCCCUGCUGGGGAGAAUUACACCACCUUCUUCUCCCGGUACGCGAAUUUCCGCACAACCAAAGGAUCAGACGCCUUCAGAUUCAUCAGAUAGCAGCACAGAUGCAACAUCCAUCUCAGCCGACGAAGAAUUCGCCAACGUCAACGGCAUCUCGUACACACUUCCCAACCUGUUCUCGGGAUCACAGUCUUCUUCAAGUCCAGUCCAGACUCAGGAUGCCUCUAUGACCUCGGCGCCAUCAUCUGAGGCGGCUGUCUCGGCCGACCUGGCGAGCACGCAGCCCUGGUGGUCUAUCUUCUCCCAACCGGCUCGAUCCUCGAACCUGUACUACGCCGUCGUCUAUCUCGCGCCAGGCGACUACCAUCGCUUCCACUCGCCGGUGAGCUGGGUGUGCACGGCUCGCCGCCACUUCGCGGGGGAACUAUAUUCCGUCAGUCCGUACGUUCAACGCACGCUUCCGGGAUUGUUCACCUUGAACGAACGCGUCGUGCUGCUGGGGAGGUGGAAGUACGGCUUCUUCUCCUACGUCCCCGUGGGCGCCACGAACGUCGGCUCCAUCGUGAUCAACUUUGACAAGGAACUGCGCACCAACUCGCUCACCACAGACACAGAGGCGGACAGACAAGCCGCUGCCGCCGCGGAACGAGGUGAGCCGUACUCAGGCUUCAGCGAGGCCACGUACGAGAGGGCGAGCAGAGUGCUCGGUGGGCAUGCCCUGCGCCGAGGUGAAGAGAUGGGCGGAUUCAGAUUAGGGAGCAGCGUCGUCUUGGUCUUCGAGGCGCCCGCGGGCACCGAGGCGAAGCCUGGCUUCCGAUGGGCGGUCGAGAAGGGACAAAAGGUGAAGAUGGGCCAGGCCCUUGGAUAUGUCGUCGAUGAGGAGUAG